UCCGAUCGAGGAUUCACAAUUCACGUGCUAUUCCACUGACAGACAAGAAUGAUUGAGGAAUGUGUGAUCGCGUGAACUUUUUGUAAAAAGAUUAACGAGGAAAAAAUGAAAUUGACCUUUAACUUUUGGGCUUUACAAUUAUUUUACAAAAGGUAUUUGUUCUUGGCCAGCAAAAUAUCAAAAGAAGAACAAUGCUUGAAACGGAACAUGCUAACACAGAAGUUCAUGAAUUAUGUCGUCAAAUGAUUGCUCGAAUUGAGAAGUAUGGGACAUUGGAGGGAUUCUCUGAUAGUGAUAUUUUAGAAGUAUUGAAGACUAUAAAGGAGAUUCUGGAGCCACUUCCAUGCCUUAUUGAGAUAAUUGCUCCUGUCGUUGUUUUUGGAGAUAUUCAUGGACAACUCGGAGAUCUGUUACAAUUCACAAAUGAAGUUGGUCGCCCACCAGAUUUUCAAUAUCUUUUUCUUGGUGACUACGUAGAUCGUGGACCCAAUUCAUUGGAAGUCACUGUUUGGCUUUUCUGUAUGAAAAUUCUGUUUUCGAAGAAAGUUCAUCUUCUACGUGGAAAUCAUGAGGUUCGACGAGUAAAUACUAUGUAUGGAUUCAAAGAAGAAAUGAUGAGAAAGAGAAAUAGCCAUUUGUGGAAGGUUUUCAAUGAUGUUUUUGCCGAACUCUCAAUCUGUGCCAGUAUCAAUCGAAAAAUCUUGUGCAUGCACGGAGGAAUUUCACCUAAAAUUGAGAGCUGGGAUUCAUUGACUGGAAUGACUAAACCCCGUGUCCAUGGUGACUGUGAACAUGGAUUGAUCGUUGAUCUCAUUUGGUCUGAUCCAAAUCGAAAAGAUGACACAAUUCAAUUCAAUAAAAUGCGAGGAAUUUCGACACUUUUCGGAAAAUCAGUCGUUGACAAUUUGUGCACUACACUUGCUAUUGACCUGAUUAUCAGAGCUCAUGAAAUGAAAGAGAAAGGACAUACUUUUGAGUUUGACAACCGUCUUCUGACAGUCUUCUCAGCGCCUUAUUAUUCUGGACACAAUUCCAAUUUGGGAUCAGUUGCUACAAUCAGUAAAAGUUUGAAAUUGCGAAUCGUGACUCUGAAACCUAAUAAGGGAUAUGAUCGCUCUAAAUUGGACAAGAGAACUCUUCACGAUUUCGAAAAAAACUUUCAGCCACUUGAUGAGAAUCCUAGAAAAAACAUAAGUUGCCAAUUCAAUGUUCCACCAAACGGGCAGAAAAUGUCACCAUUUCUUGGAGAAUACUCGAUGUUUGCCCAUGAAACACAGUUUUGUAAGAAAGACAAUGAGACACCUGUGAAGAAGCCUUAUAGCUCAAACCAAGAUGAAGAUCAUUCUGUAUUGGACAUGAUUCGCAAGACACAGAAAGGAUAUGGAGUAGAAGUUAGUUUGAAAGAUAAAGUCAUGUCUCUUGAAUCAAUCCGCAAAAAAUUGGGAAUGACUACUAGUACGACGCCGCCUCCGCCAAGAACUCCAUCUCCGGACGCUCCACUCGCCCAAUCUCCGCCAAUUCCACGAUCGCCUCCGAGUUCUACUGAAAAUGCGUAGAUUUCCUUUGAAUGAAGUAUACUGUAGAAAAUGUUCAAGUUUGAGUGUGUAUAAUUAUGAAACGAGAGUAACAUGAAACA